AUGGGGGUGAAGCAGAGGACCGCGGAGGAAAAGGCGGCGAUCCCCGCGGUCGCCGAUGCCUCCGUUGCCUUAGUCGCGGGCGUCACCGCCUCCGUCGCGGUCGCGCCCUUCCUCAUGUGCGUCGACCGCGCGGUCGUGUCAGCAGCCGCGGGGACCGCGCCGGGGGGCUCGCUCGCGCGCGCGAUCUUCGCGGCCGCCUCGGAGUUCUUCAAGCAUCCCAAGGUGGCGUUCACCUCCCCCGCACUCUGGAUGGUCGCGGGCGUCUACGGAGGCACCUACUUCGCCAAGAACGUCAGCGACGUCGUCAUCGAGCGCACCGGCACGAGCGGGCCCAUCGCCGAGUGGGGCAAGUUCGGCGUCGUCACCGGCGUCAACAUGGGCGGCUCCAUCCUCAAGGACGCGGCGUUCGCCAGGCUCUUCGGCGCCGCCGUCGCCGCCGGGGCCGCCGCCGCCGUGGUUCCCACCGCGUCCUACGUCCUCUUCGCCGCGCGCGACUGCUUGACCAUCGGCGGCGCCUUCGUCGUGCCCGACGCCGCCAAAGAUCUGCUCGUCGCGAGCUGCGGGAUGUCGCCGCAACUGGCGGGCGCCGCCGCGCAGCUCGUGUCCCCGCCCCUGAUGCAGGUGGUGUGCACGCCGCUGCACCUACUGGCGCUCAACAUGGUCAACGCGCCGGUGGCCACCCUCGCGCAGAGGGUCGCCGCGCUCAAGGUGUCCACGCCCCCCGCGCUCAUCGCCAGGUCGCUUCGGAUGCUCCCCGCGUACGGCAUCGGCGGCAUCCUCAACACCACCCUGUCCGCCAGAGGCCGCGACGCGGCGAGGCGUAAGUUCCUGCCGUCCGCGGAGGAUCUCAAGGCUGUGAAGGAGCGACUGGGUAGAAGAGGCGGCGCGGCUGCGGCGAAGCUCGCGAACGCCAAAGGUCGCAAGGCGCUCGCGUCAAUCGGCGUCGCCGCGAGGCGGGGAAUCGUCGGUAAGACGAAGGGUUCGGAGUUGAACCCCUCGGACGACACCGGCGACGCGCCGUUCACGCUGCGCACGGGCGCGGGUGCAGGCGGCGGCGGCGGCGGCGCGAGGACGCUGGGUCGAUUCGACGCGAGGCGGUUGAAGGCGGGCGGCGGCGGCGGCGCGAGGCGGCGCCUCCUCGGCUUUGGCGCGACGACGGGCGGAUCCCGAUCGGCGGCGGCGGCGUCGUGA